AAUUUUUUAGCUUCCCACCAAUUCACAAUUAAUGCAUAGACUUUUCCAAUCCCAAGUCUUUGCAGUACAGUUCUUAGUCUUCUGCUUUUUUGGAAAAUCAAGAAUUGUUUCAGAUCUUAAUAUUUUAGUUUAAAUAAAUCCAGUUAUAUGUUUUGCUGCUAUUGAUGUUUGUUUGUACAAAAGGGUUCAUCAUGGAUAUGUUCUCUUGUUUUUUCGUCUUCGUUUUGUUUCACUUUUGGUGCUUUGAUUCAGCUCAAGGACAGAACACAUCCUACCCAAACUGCACUGAAGAAUUCCAGUGUGGGAACUUAAGAAAUUUGAGUUUUCCUUUCUACAAAUCCACUGAACUUGAUUGUGGAUUGUCCAAAGUUUAUUGUGAUGUUAGUCCAAAUCCUAUUAUUGAAUUAGAAGGGGUGAAAUAUCAAGCUCUUGAAAAAAAUGAUGUUUUUAUCACACUUAAGGACUCUAGUCUUGGAGAACUUUUGAAGAAGAACAGUUGUGAGACUUUUGAUAAAAAUUUCUCGAUCGCUAUUUCUCCUUCAAUAACAUAUAGAUUUGAUCCCUUACUCACUUUGUUCAAAUGCAACAGAAGCCAAAAGAGUAUAAAUGAAGAAUUUUUCAAUUCCAGCAGUUAUCAAAGUUACAAUGUCUGUGAUAGUUUCAUAUUAUACUAUAACAUUUCCAUCCAUUUUUAUCAAGAAUCUAUUCCUAGUAGCUGUUCAUUUAUUCAGUUGCCUUUGACAUCAAAUUCAGAAGCAAAAACAAAUGGAAGUGACUUAUUUCAUCUGUUAACAGAUGAAGUUGUACUAGGAUUGAUUGUGUCUGAUGAUUGUAAUCGGUGUCAUUAUACAGGAGGCAUGUGUCAAACUGAUAAUACUACUAACAACUUUCAUUGUUCUAAUACCAAUACCAACAAUGUUGCAGGAAAUAGAAAACUGGAAGUGAUUGUCACAGUGGCAGUUUUCUUGAGCUGUUGUGCUGGAAUCUUGAUUUUGCUCUUCUGCUUUAGAAAAAGAACUUUCUGGUACAAGUGCCUCAUGUUUUGGGAAUCUAAAACUGAGGAUCACCGAAAUAUUGAAGCAUUUCUGAAGAACAAUGGGUCAUAUGCUCCAAAGAGAUACACCUAUUCAGAGGUCAAAGAGAUGACCACUCGGUUCAAAAACAAAUUAGGCCAAGGAGGAUAUGGUAAUGUAUACAGAGGAAGUUUGCAGAAUGGGAAACACGCGGCAGUGAAGGUUCUGAAUGAGCUAAAAGGAAGUGGUGAAGAAUUCAUUAACGAGGUGGCGAGUAUUAGCAGGACAUCACAUGUUAACAUCAUGAGCCUUGUGGGAUUUUGCUUUGAGGGUCGCAAAAGAGCUCUAAUUUAUGAAUUCAUGCCAAAUGGAUCACUUGAGAAGUUUAUAUAUGAGGAAAGAUCCGACAGAGUUCGCCAAUUGGAUUGGCCAAUACUGUACCAAAUUGCACUAGGCAUUGCUCGAGGAUUGGAGUACUUGCAUCGUGGUUGUACCACUCGGAUUUUGCAUUUUGAUAUAAAGCCUCAUAAUAUCCUGCUUGAUGAAGAUUUUUGUCCUAAGAUCUCUGACUUUGGACUAGCCAAACUGUGCAUGAAAAAGGAGAGCAUUGUGUCAAUGUUAGGUGCACGAGGGACUAUCGGUUAUAUUGCUCCAGAAAUUGUUUGCAGAAACUUGGGAGGUGUCUCUCACAAGUCUGACGUCUAUAGCUAUGGAAUGAUGGUCCUAGAGAUGGUUGGAGGAAGAAAAAAUGUUGAUGUUGGAGUUGAUCGUACGAGUGAAAUCUACUUUCCACAUUGGCUCUAUCGACGAAUUGAGCUAGACGAAGAGCUUCAAUUAAUCGGAACAAUGAAUGAAGAAGAGAAAGAAUGUGCAAGAAAGAUGGUGAUGGCGAGUUUAUGGUGCAUACAGACUGAUCCCUCAAGUCAACCAUCGAUGAGCAAGGUUGUGGAAAUGUUAGAAGGGAAACUAAACUCUCUGCAAAUGCCUUCCAAGCCUUAUCUUUAUUCUCCCUCAAGAACAGAUAUAGAUUCAUCAGUACUGGAGCUGGCCUAGUCUUUAUGUGUUCAUAUCUCAGCUAAUAUCACUGUAGUCACAUUUUGUUAUGUAAUUGUAGCAAAAACUGGUAUUGUUACAGGUUCGGUUUCUGAUGUGUUUAGAUGUCCUUGAAUGUA